AUGCUUUUUCUGUUUCUUCUAUUCAGCUAUUCCUGGUGGAAUGGUCCACAUGAAAUGGUUGCCCGUGUAUCAUGGAAUGACCUUACCGACAGGCAACAAAAGAUUAUAUACAAAAUUCUUUUAACUUGGCCAGACGAACAAAAGCUUUUUACUAAUUGUGGCAGCUGGCUUGACGAAAUUGCGGCAAAAUAUAAUCGUGGGACUGAUUUAAUUUCUCAUUUCAAGCCAUGGCACUUUGUUGAUUUCCCAUUAAUUGAUGGUUGUGAAAAUUUCGAAGAAAAAGACACACCAUUUGUUUACAACAUUACUUCUGCACUCAAUCACAUUAUUUCAAGCUUCUUAGAUCCAACAACUAAAAGCUUAUGGGCAAUUAACUUCGAUAUUCGUAUGUUAUUACAUUUAGUAGCUGAUGUUCACACACCAGUUCAUUGUAUUGAUCGAUACACUCCUAGUUCUGGCACUUGCAAAGCAGAUCACGGUGCCAAUUUUUUCUCUCUUUCCUUGUCUAUCAACGGAAAGAAUCUUCACUCUCUUUGGGACUCUGCAGUUUAUGCUUAUCCGACCGGAUCAUUCUCCGAGGAAAUGGUUCAAAAGCUUAUUUUUGAAUACAAAGAUAAAAUUCCGGAAGAUUCAUACGUUCAAAACAUGAACGUUACUGCUUGGGCCCUGCAUUCAUAUGAGAUUGCUAAGGAAUAUGUUUACAAUGGCCUAAAGCUGAAUCAAUAUGUUGGUGAAAACGAUGCUUACGUAACUAGAGCACAGCCACAAGCAAAGGCACAAAUUAUUUUGGCAUCAAAGAGAAUGGCAUAUAUUAUUGACCAAUUUGUCAAAAAGUUGGAUGCUCCUGCUCCUACUCCUGUUCCUACUACUCCUGUACAAGAAAACCAAACAAAAUCAGAAACAAAGGAACAGAAGAAGACAAAGUAUCCAGCUCCUAAGUUAUUUAUUGACAACUACCAAAAUACAGCCUUUAAAUUCGCUGCUUUAAUUGUUGAUGCAGUUUUGACAAUUGUUACUGUUCUUUACCUCAUGCUUCUCUUCGUAUUCCCAGAUCAGGGUAAGCCACUCGCAAGCCUUCGUUCAGAACAAGCUUCAGAACUUUUGCAAUCUCUUAUUUAG